AUGAGCUCAUCACAAGGCAACCGAGCCCUCUGGCUGUCAUCAUACACCAAGCCCCUCAAGAUCGUCAACCUCCCAAUGCCAGGUGCUCCCACAGGUACAGUCGUUGCAAAGAUUUCUCCAGGCGCCAAUCGUGCCCUAAGGUACACACACCUAGCCCAUACCGGCCACCACCCGCAGCUCAACAUCCACCCGCCCUUCGUCCUGAACCUCAACGCCAUCGGCCCGGGUGCCGCGAACGUCAAGCCGGGCGACCUCGCACACAUCGACGCCACCACCCGCGGCCGCGAUGAGCCCGUCAACGUCAUGGUCAAGAUCGGACACCUCGCCGGCGUCGGCAACGCGGGCCAGAAGCUCUUGAAGGAGUGGGGCGACGGCUCCCCGCAGUAG